AUGUCUUCGCUACGAAUUCUUGUUCCCAUUAAGCGGGUAAUUGAUUAUGCUGUCAAGCCGCGCGUCAACAAGGCGCAGACGGGCGUCGAGACGGCCGGCGUGAAGCACUCGAUGAACCCGUUCGACGAGCUUUCGGUCGAGGAGUCGGUGCGGAUCCGGGGGGAGGAGCGCAGCCCGGGCGGCGUGGAGGACAUUUGCGUGGUGUCGGCCGGGCCGGCCAAGGCGCAGGACGUGCUACGGACGGCGAUGGCGAUGGGCGCGGACCGGGCCAUCCACGUGGAGCUGGCCGAGGGCGAGGAGCUGGAGCCGCUGGCGGUGGCGAAGCUGCUGGCGGCGACGGCGGCGCGGGAGAAGAGCAACCUGGUGGUGCUGGGCAAGCAGAGCAUCGACGACGACGCCGGGCAGACGGGCCAGAUGCUGGCGGGGCUGCUCGGGUGGCCGCAAGCGACGCAGGCGAGCAAGGUCGAGUUCGGCGCGGACGACAGCGUGACGGUGACCAAGGAGGUGGACGGCGGCGUGGAGACGGUGCGGGCGAAGCUGCCGAUGGUGAUCACGACGGACCUGCGGCUGAACGUGCCGCGCUACGCGAGCCUGCCGAACAUCAUGAAGGCCAAGAAGAAGAAGCUGGAAAAGGUCAAGCUCGGCGACCUGGGCAUCGGCAACGAGGUCCGCCUCAAGAUCCUCAAGGUUACUGAACCUCCCGCGAGACAGGGUGGUGGCAAGGUCGAGGAUGUCGACGGCCUGGUUAGCAAGCUCAAGGAGCUCGGUGCUCUGUGA